CUGUCUCAGAAACUGAUGCUUCACUCCUUCCUGCUGUCCUGUGUGGGGACAGGGCUUCAGUCUCCAUUGUCCACCAUCCAGGCAGCAAUUCAAACUUCCACAUGGAGACAUUCUUCUCAGAGUCCCCAUCCAGAGGAACAAGAGCUGCAGCCCCUCAUAUUUGGGCUUUUCCUCUCCAUGUAUCUGAUCACUGUGUUGGGAAACCUCAUCAUCAUCCUGGCGGUCAGCUCAGACUCCCACCUCCACACGCCCAUGUACUUCUUCCUCUCCAACCUGUCCUUGGUAGACAUCUGUUUCACCUCCACCACCGUCCCAAAGAUGCUGGUGAACAUCCAGACACAGAGCAAAGUCAUCACCUAUGAAGGCUGCAUCACACAAAUUUAUUUUCUUAUACUCUUUGCAGUGCUGGAUGUUUUUCUUCUGACUGUGAUGGCCUAUGACCGUUUUGUGGCCAUCUGCCACCCCCUGAACUACACCGUCAUCAUAAACCCCCGGCUCUGUGGACUGCUGGUUCUGAUGUGCUGGAUCAUGAGUGUCCUGAAUUCUUUGUUACAGUGCUUAAUGGCAUUGAGGCUAUCCUUCUGUGAAGACUUGGAAAUCCACCAUUUUAUCUGUGAACUCAAUCAGAUGAUCAAACUCUCCUGUUCUGACACCUUUCUUAAUAUGGUGGUGAUGUAUUUUGCAGCUCUCCUGCUGGGAGGUGGUCCUUUUGCUGGGAUCAUUUACUCAUAUUCAAAGAUAGUGUCCUGCAUACAUGGAAUGUCAUCAGUUCAGGGGAAGUAUAAAGCAUUUUCUGCUUGUGCAUCUCACCUCUCAGUUGUCUCCUUAUUUUACUGUACAAUGCUAGGGGUGUACCUCAGCUCUGCGGCUACCCACAAUGCACACUCAUGUGCAAUAGCCUCAGUGAUGUACACCGUGGUCACACCCAUGCUGAACCCCUUCAUCUACAGUCUCAGGAACAAAGACAUCAAACAGGCUCUGAAAACAUUCUUUGUAAAGCAAACUACAAAUAGGCAAGUUGUCCUAACACUAAAGACCUGCCCAUGAUUGCAGAGGUCAGAGGCUCGGAGUCAGAUAUAGUGAUUAUUUUCAGACUACAGAAGUAGAACUUUCUCUUUCCAUUUAUUUCCUGAAAUUUCCAUUUCUUUUACCAUAACUUUUGUAUUUAAUUUUAGGGACUCACUUUAUUAAGCUUUCUUCUCUUAUAUUCCACAGUUUUUCCCUUUGUUAU